GCAACGCACAGUAGGCACAAUAUCUUAUUCCUGCCAAAAGCCGGUCGUCCACGCGCGAUCAACAGUGCGAUCCGCCUCUGUUUGAAUAUCCAAGCUCACUAUAUGAGGGCACUGCGCGUGCCCUCGCAGCGGGCGCUGAACAUGGAGUGCAAUGCCCACAAACAUAGCAUGCCUAGGUGCUACGCCUAGCUUGCGACGCUGACCAAGUUCGAUGCUUGCCGGAUAGGCCGCAGCCCGGUGUCCGGAGGCACCGUGCAUUACAGGACCUGCCGAGUAUGAUGCGCAUAGGAGGUAGUCGAGAGUUGCAUGUGCCAUGAGCAAAAGACUGUAGUGGACGUCCACGCUAGUCAAUGCCAACAAAUGGACGUUGUGCCGUGUCGUGUGUGCUGUGGCCGCCCGUCCUGUCGAAGAGUCGUGCCUGCCUCAUUGAGCCAUCCAAAACCCCCCCCCCCAACGCCAUCGCUGAAACAAAACAAUCAUACAACGCCGAGAUGUCCCGUACAUUCUUCCCGUCAUUGCUGCCCACCCUGCUGCAUCUGGUGCUGCAUCUGCUGCCCCUGCAGCUCCGCCUCCAACGCCGCCUUCUGCGCCGCAGCCACAGCCGCCUUGCGAGUCCUUAGCCGCUCCGAACACGCAUUGCAGGUCAGGUUAUUCCGAUUCCGUCUCCAAAAUUCCUCCUGUGGUUUGGACUUGCGACAGCCGGUGCAUGUCUGCGUCUCGGCGGCCAUGGUGGUCGUCUUGGUUUCUUGCAUUUGCAUCUUCUCGACCUAGGAUAUGUGUGGUUUGCGUGUCUUGCGUGC